UGUGUCACUAUAAACAUGAUGACAUUCCUGACCACUGUCUGCAGAACAAAAUUCUCCCUUACUGUAAUACCAGACGUUAUGACGUUAGAAAAGUAGAUAUCAUGUAUACAUAUAUAGGCAAUACGAUGAAAGGUAUUAUUGAUGGAAGCCAAUAUAGGACAUGGUAACUUGUACAUUUGCAUGGCUGAAUGUGGUUGGUGGAGGCUCUGCCAGAGGCAAGCUGUGCCUGAGAGGAAACGGCUCGAGUGUAACCUGAGCCCAAAUGAAACGUGUGUGCGUUUUCACUGCUGCUGCUGCUACUGCUACUGCUACUGCAGAAGUUCGUGCAGAGAGCGGAGCGGCUCGCAGCAGACAGAAUGGGAGGACGCAACGAGGAACUGAUGGGCUCGGGUUCUGUAGGACCACUGGUUCUCAUGGUGAUGUGCUUGCCGUUGCACACCGCUGUCUACAGCGGGCCCCUGCAGCCCGAGCUUUCCAACGGGACUUUUCAUCACUUCUUUGUUCCGGACGGUGAUUUUGAAGAAUACGAUGACCCCGAGAAAUGUCAAAUGUUGUUCCGAUUCUCGGACGCGCGUAGAUGUGACGCGAACGAGGACAGCGACUCGGUGAUCCGGGACGACUUCAUCAUCGCCAGGCAUCAGGUGGAGGACACGGCCAGACUGCUUGAUGGCAUCGUGAGGACUAUAUCGUACGACCUGGACGGCGACGAGGGCUACGGGAAGUAUCUGCGGCGGGAGUUGUCUCAGAUCUUUGAAGCCUUCACCAGCGUGGACGCAUCUCUGCUAGAGCUGGAGGUCAAGUUCAAGCAGAGUCAAGAGAGCGACCAGAGAGAGGAGCAUCAGCUGAACGGACUGGUGGUGAAGCCUCUCGAUGAUGUGAAGAGGCUUAUCAGGGAGACAAAGGACAUCUCCCUGGGACUAAAAGACCAGCAAGAAUUGCUUUCCCUCGUCGUCCGGAGUCAUGGCGCUCGAUUGAGCCGUUUAAAAACAGAUUAUCUUAAUGUUUAAUGGGGACGGCUAAGCCUUUGUGUGUGUGUGUGUGUGUGUGUGUGUGUGUGUGUGUGUGUGUGUGUGUGUGUGUGUGUGUGUGUGUGUGUGUGUGUGUGUGUGUGUGU